AUGCAGGACCGUCAGCCUUUGAUUGACCCCAAGCGACAGAUCAAGCCUCCGGCCAUGGACCUUGAUGCAGUGGAUGAGAAUGACUUUUCCAACCUUCUUGGUGACCAGUCCAAGAUGCGAAGUGAUGACAAAGAGGAGAAGAAGGUGAAGGCGUUCGAGAAAAUGCAGGAUCGAGAAGAGAAGAAGCGUCGAAAGGAAGAGGCUGCAGCAUUAGGGCCGAAGCCUCGGGGUCGCCCUCCCAAGGUCAUACCAAGUGAAGUAGAUGUGGACAAAAGUUCCACUACGGCUGAGAAAGGUUCUCCUCCUGUCAAGGCACCUCUGAAGAGGCGUAAGGUGAAAACAGCAGGGGGUGGUGCUGAAGGUGCUGAGCCAUCUGCAGGUUCGGCAAAAAGGGCUUCUCAGCCUGUGGCAAAGGCAAGUGCUAAGGGAAAGGCAAAGGCUGAGGGGAAGGUUGGAAAGGGUGAGAAGGCAGAAAAGCCUGAAAAGGCUGAGAUGGUUCCACAGGCUGAUGAUGGGGCGGUUGACAAAGGUGAUGCCAAGGUUGGAAAGGGUGAGAAGGUAGGAAAGCCUGAAAAGGCUGAGAUGGUUGACCCACAGGUGCCCAAUGCUGCUCAGGCCAAACGUGAUGCCAAGGUAAAGCUGGGGCUCUGCAAGCUUGCAGACAAUCUCAGUGACAAGGAUGCUCAUGAGAUGCAGCUGCCUGGCCUAGGCUUUGAGGGGAAAUGCUGGACUGCUGUCCCGUCUGGGGAUGCCAUGGGUGGUGGCUCCAGAAUCAGGGUGAUUCCCUACCAAGAGACCUUUUAUGUGGCCGGGUCUGCGCACUUGCCAGACUACUUGACUUCGGUUCUGAAAGUAGCUUGGAUCCAUGCUAUGGACUAUCUGUCUUCGCUCAGUGAUCCUGGCAGAGAUCUGGUGGCUGUGGAGGGUUUUGAUCAUGAAGCUGAUCCUGUUUUCCAGAACCUUGGGUCAGACCUGGGACUGCUGAAGGCAAUGGGCCUUCUCAUGCGCUUGGGCCUACUGGGGCUGUGGUAUGGUGGUGUUCCAUGUGAUUCCUUUGGUUUCCUCAGCUCACCAACCCAUGGUCGCGGGGCCCUCACGCCGCCAUACCUUCCGUUGCUUCGGCGUGUGGUCACAAAGGGUAAGGUGGAGGAGAUCCGUGAACGGAAAGUGUGGAUGAACAAGGAGAUGGUACGGGACCCUGGAGAUGCCUGGAAGUUUUCCGACCUGGAGGGCUUGGUUCGUUUUCUAAGGACGGCUGCUGCAGAGGGGAGGUUCAAAGCAGACCCCCGGAUCCCUUUUAGUACUGAACCCAGCAAGGAACUGUACGAACAGUUGCUGGCAGAUUUCAAUCAAAGAUAG